GUUGUAGUUCGUUUGAGCGCUGGAAAUUUUGUGUGCAAGGAGUCGCAAACUUACUUUUUGAGUAGAGGCCGUAUAUUGAUCUAUUGGAUUGGAGGAGCUAUAAGCAAUUGUUCCAAUCUAUGUUUAAACCAAUAUUCUGCUUGUCACGCAUUUUCAAUAUAUAAGUGUGAAUUUCUUAAUUAUACUGUAAUUGAUUCACACUAUUGUUGGAUACAUUUAAACUUUAGGUGAUUUGCAAGCUGAAAGUCUUUCCUCGCGUUGGGAUAUUAAAAUAGUCAAACAAGCGCACUUCAAAUAACAUUUAGUUUAAAACGGCGCUACAAUACUUUCCAGAUGAUGUUACCUUUUGUCGCCUUAUGAUAUUAAAAGUAUUAUGAUUUAACAUUUUUAGGAGCAACAAUGUUCGCUAUACCAUGGGAAAGCGAGGAAAAACGAAAUUACAUUUGUAUGGAUUAUAUUGUCACUAAUAUUGCAAGUAAAGAAUUGAGAAAAAUAUUUAUGCAGGAAUGGAACAGUCGCUACCAGUCUUCUUUUGGAGCAUGGGAUGACACCAACGCGUAAGUGGCAAUCAGUUGUUUCAUCGGGAAAAAACACGAGGUAGGCCAAACAAGAACAUGCUCCAGUCAAAAUUUCAACAUGGAGAUACAAAUCAGUGGGAUUGUUCUGUGCUUUUUGACGCAAUUCUUUACUCCAAUUCAUUUGGAGCAAGUCUUAAUCCAACGAUAAAAACAGAAGUCGACAAUCUCAGAAAAUUACGAAAUGAAAUAAAGCAUAUAUCUGAAGCAGAGCUCACUGAUGUAGACUUUCAAACCAUGGCAACUCGUGUUGAAAAUGCAUUCAAAGCCUUGGGACUUCCAAUCAAAGACGUUGUUCGAAUCAAAGUUGAGCGAAAUCUCUACAAAUCGUUUGAAGUUCUUCCCCCUGAACCAGCUCAUGAAGUCAUUUCCCGGUCUGACAAGAUACAGGAGAUAAAACAAGACCUUGAAAAGUUGCACUGCGAUAACGAUAGUAAACUUACCUACUUCUAUAUCUCUGGAAAUCCCGGAAGUGGAAAAUCUCAACUCGCAAGGCAACUUUGUGGAGAUAUUUACAACGGUGUCAAUUGGCAGACCGAAGCAACGUUUGUAAUGACGUUGGAGGGAAAAGACUUAGAUUCUCUUCUCUACUCAUAUGAAGAUUUUUGUCGUCGCCUGAAUUGCAACGAAAGUGUAUUGCAAAGUAUAUUAAAUUCAUCCAAGCCAACAGAUGAGAAAAUCAAAGACUUAAGAUCGCAAAUAACCACUAGAAUAAAAAAUUGGAAGAAAUGGUGGAUUAUAGUAGACAAUGUGGAAAAUCUCAAGCUCAUUUCCCCUCUACUGCCUCAAAGAGGCGACAAAAUUUGGAAUAACGGCCAAGUUAUAUUAACCACACAAAACACAAGUUGUGUCCCACCUAACAGCUUGUUAACCAAACACAUUUCACUCAGUCUCGGUAUGAAUGACCAAGAGUGUCGCCAGCUUCUUUGCAAGUUAUCAAAACACGACGGUAAUGACGUCAAUGAUCCGUUAUUAGAUGAAGUUGCAAAGAAGUUAGAUUGUCAACCGCUGGCAAUGGCCGCGGCUGCCGGGUAUAUGAGAGAAGUCAUCGAAUCAAAGUAUCCUCCUGAUUUUUCGUGGCGAGACUAUUUAGAAAAGUUAGAAAAAGGUGAAAGAAAAUUAACAUCAAAACGUCUUCGUGAGAUAAAUUCAGCGGCAUAUUCGUCCACCAUGUCCACAGCUGUGCUUUUAGCUGUUGAAAAAUGUGCAGAAAGUAAUACCAUUUUAAAACAUACAUUCCAACUCUUCUCCUUGAUAUCGUUUGAACCACUGCCAUUUGAUCUUGUUGUAAAAUACAUUCAGCUGCAAGAUGAAGAGCUAAAAGCCGAGGAUAUCUUUCCUGUAAUAAAACACUGCUCGUUGUUCGUUCAUGUUGGAAAUGACGAGCAUGAUAUCCGCCUACAUCGAGUUGUCCAUGAAGAAUUUAAAGAGUUUUGUCUUUGGAAAGAACCUCAAGUUAACGAUUUCUCCCAGACCGGAAUUCCAAAUACAACAAUUGUAAUUCAUAAUGUUGUGAAAACGAUGUGCGGCUUCGAGGGUAGGAAGGAUAUAAUCAAAUUAAUUCCUCAUUUAAAGGCAUUUUACAAAGAAAUGAACAGACUGUUUCCAUAUCGUGCGUUGUAUUCAUUAAGCCUAGACUUUGAAAAAACUGAAAUUUCUCAAAUUUAUCUGUUUUGGGGGAAAACUUUACGUAAUUAUUGCGAGUUUAAAUUGUCCAUGGAAUUUUUUAAAUCAAAUAUUGAAAUUUUGAAUGCCUCGAAAGAUGACCUUAAUAUCGCCCGUACUUACUACGAACUCGGUUUAUUACAUAAAGCAAUUCAAAAAGCAGAAAGUUAUCUGCACCACGCAUUGGAAAUUGAAUUAGAACAAUCAGGACCAAACCAUAUUAACGUUGCUAUUUCAUACAACAGCCUGGGUAAUGUGUGUCGAGGCAAAGGUGAUCUACAACUUGCUAGUGAUUAUCAUCAACGGGCACUGGAAAUCCGAGUAGAACAAUUAGGACCAAACCAUAUUCACGUUGCUUCGUCGUACAACAACCUGGGUAUUGUGUGUAGAGAUAAAGGUGAUCUACAACUUGCUAGUGAUUAUUAUCAACGGGCACUGGAAAUCCGAUUAGAACAAUUAGGACCAAACCAUAUUGACGUUGCUUCGUCGUACAACAACCUGGGUAGUGUGUGUCGAAACAAAGGUGAUCUACAACUUGCUAGUGAUUAUCAUCAACGGGCACUGGAAAUCCGAUUAGAACAAUUAGGACCAAACCAUAUUCGCGUUGCUUCUUCGUACAACAACCUGGGUAAUGUGUGUGGAGACAAAGGUGAUCUACAACUUGCUAGUGAUUAUCAUCAACGGGCACUGGAAAUCCGAUUAGAACAAUUAGGACCAAACCAUAUUGACGUUGCUUCGUCAUACAACAACCUGGGUAUUCUGUGUAAAGACAAAGGUGAUCUGCAACUUGCUAGUGAUUAUUAUCAACGGGCACUGGAAAUCCGAUUAGAACAAUUAGGACCAAACCAUAUUCGCGUUGCUUCUUCGUACAACAACCUGGGUAAUGUGUGUGGAGACAAAGGUGAUCUACAACUUGCUAGUGAUUAUCAUCAACGGGCACUGGAAAUCCGAUUAGAACAAUUAGGACCAAACCAUAUUGACGUUGCUUCGUCAUACAACAACCUGGGUAUUCUGUGUAAAGACAAAGGUGAUCUGCAACUUGCUAGUGAUUAUUAUCAACGGGCACUGGAAAUCCGAUUAGAACAAUUAGGACCAAACCAUAUUCGCGUUGCUUCUUCGUACAACAACCUGGGUAAUGUGUGUGGAGACAAAGGUGAUCUACAACUUGCUAGUGAUUAUCAUCAACGGGCACUGGAAAUCCGAUUAGAACAAUUAGGACCAAACCAUAUUGACGUUGCUUCGUCAUACAACAACCUGGGUAUUCUGUGUAAAGACAAAGGUGAUCUGCAACUUGCUAGUGAUUAUUAUCAACGGGCACUGGAAAUCCGAUUAGAACAAUUAGGACCAAACCAUAUUCGCGUUGCUUCUUCGUACAACAACCUGGGUAAUGUGUGUGGAGACAAAGGUGAUCUACAACUUGCUAGUGAUUAUUAUCAACGGUCACUGGAAAUCCGAUUAGAACAGUUAGGACCAAACCAUAUUGACGUUGCUACUUCAUACAACAACCUGGGUAUUCUGUGUAAAGACAAAGGUGAUCUACAACUUGCUAGUGAUUAUCAUCAACGUGCACUGGAAAUCCGAUUAGAACAAUUAGGACCAAACCAUAUUGACGUUGCUGCUUCCUACAACAGCUUAAGUAUUGUGUUUAGUGAUAAAGAGGAACGAGAAAGGGCUGGAUAUUAUUGUCCACGUGCGCGGGAAAUUCGGCCAGAAUAUCAAGGUUCAACACCUACGAAUGCAUCAGGUUCUCGUAAGAGCCGAUGUAUUUUACUGUGAUGCAGGGAAGUAAACUGAAAAACGGGUAUUGUUAAUUCAGUUCUGAUACUGUAGCUCUAUUUACUAAAAUAAAAACCGAAGCUUCUUCAGAGCUGCAAAAGGUGAAAAAUGUAAUAAAACGAACUGAGAAAUCAUUGCCAACAAUCAUUGGAAGUCGUUUUAUCAUAAUUAGCCUUUUCGCAAUCGAGCAAAGGUACUGUGUCUGGUCGUGAACCGCAAUGCAUCUAAGGAUUGUUUGGAGGGACAACCGGAGAAGCUUGAAACUGAACCUCUGCGAGAGUGACAAGGGAUUUCAAUAGCAAGCUAGAUAAGUACUUUUUGAAAUGCCGUCCAAUUCCAAUAAUUUUUUAUUUGUUUUUACUUUAAAUUUGUAAUUUUGUCCCUCCAACAAAUUGAUAGAUGCAUUGGUGUUCGGUACUGGACCCAGUAUCUUGCUCGACUUGGAAAAGGCUAUCAAUAGUCAUCUUCAGCCUGUUCCGAACGUGUUUAUUCAUAACGUGGUAGCAAUGUUCCCAUAGAAAUUAUAAAUUUCUACAAAGUUAAGCUUGUAAUAUUGUUCGAGCGAAUUCAUUCCCAAUUGUUCGCGGAUUUAUAGAUCUAAUUAGUUCGCAGGAACUGUAACUAGUUCAAGGUAAUGAAUAUAACAUAGUAUCUGACAUCACUGUACUUCCCAAACAUGUGCGCGAAGAAAACGGAUAGCUUGUUGUCUAGGCUCGUCGAUCUCUUGUUGUGCGGAAUUACCAGAGUAUAUUGGGUACUGAAAAUUUUCAUUCGUUUAGACAGUGAGAUGGAUUUUAUAUUACUUCAAAGUCAGUAUUACUUCAAAGGUAGUAAUUCAGAAUCAUAGUAUUUGAAAAGGAAACAUAUUAUUUGUUCCAGGCGAAGAACAUUGAAAGUCAAAGGGAAAUACCUCGUCAAAACAGCAAAGUUCAUGUUAUAUUCUAAUGAUAGUUUGGCACUUUGUUUCUAUAUUCUCCUGAGCAUGAUUAUACAUGAUUUUUCAGACGCCGGUUGUAUAAAACUCUUAACUACAUUUUGGGUAGUAAAAUCGUUGCUAACUCUAAAAUACACGAUUCUGAUUGGCCAACUCUUUCACUAACUAUAGUUAAAAGGUAAUAACUACCUUUUUAUACAACCGGCCCUGGGAUUGUAGAAGCCCCAUCCCGCCAAGGGCAAAGUUUCAAUUUCGAAAUUAAAAAUGAUAUGAUAUGAUAUGACAUCUUUAUUUUCACACGAAGUCCAUUCACAAUUACAAAUAUAUGCUCUUCCAUGGAGAUGUGCAUUUAACUAAUGUAUAAUAUAUAAAUAUAGGAAAAACUAAACUACUUAUGAAAAUAUGUACAUGGAAUAUAUAAAUUUACGAGAUGAGAGACAUAAACUCACUCAGAGACUGUGCACUGGAUAUUUGGACGGGUAUGUUGUUCCACAAAAUUGCACCUCUAUAACUAAAACUUUUCUUACGAGAUUCUGACAGGGGCCUAGGAACAAAAAAUUGAUGAUUCGCCCCACGUAAGUUAUGCUCGUGCACUGAAGAAGUGCGGUUGAAUUUAUUGGUUAUAUAAAUAACUAGGAACCAUAUUAUUGGCCGUCUUAUACAUUACUUUGUUAAACUGUAGGGCACGCCUAUCUUCUAGAUUUGUCCAGUUCAAUGAUCUUAAAAUUUCAGAUGAGCGAGUGUAAUAAUCAGAACCAGUAAUGAUUCGUGCAGCCCUAUUUUGCAUUUGUUGUAGCUUUUGCCCUAGACCCUUAGCCAGAUUAUCCCAAAUAACACUAAAAUAAUCAAAAUGUGGCUGAAUUAAAGAAUUAUAGAUUAGCACAAGGGCUGAAAGUGGGAGCAACGGUUUUAGUCUCCUUAAAACUCCGAUCACCUUGGAGACUUUAGAAACAAUCGCAGAGACAUGAGACUCCUAUGUUAAACCCUCGUCCAAUUCUAAGCCUAAACAUUUAUAUGAUUUGACUCUUUUAAUUUCAUUUCCUGAGAUAGAAAUAUCCAGUUGUCCAGGAAUAUUACUUAGCCUUUGACGAGAAGCAACAAACAUAUAUUUUGUUUUCAUUACAUUAAGGCUAAGCUUAUUCAUGUUGAGCCAAUUUUGUAGAAUUAUUAAAUCAUCGUUUAAAACAGAAAUAAUCUUAUUGAGGUCAUCAUCAGCAUAUGUUACAUUGGUAUCAUUGGCGAAUAAACGCCCAUUUGAUACCAACUGACAUUUAGGGAGGUCAUUGAUAUAGAGUAAGAACAGCAGAGGGCCAAGAAUAGAUCCCUGUGGAACGCCACAUGUUAUCUUACAGCUACCGGACGAUACAUUAUUGAUAACAGUGAUUUGUGAGCGUCCAGAUAGGUAGUUUCGAAAUAGCUCUACUGUUUGACUGCUAAAUCCAUAACGGCUUAAUUUACCUAGUAAAAUCUCAUGGUCGAUGGUAUCGAAGGCCUUCUUUAAAUCAACAAAUAGUAUGGCAUUAAUCAGGCCAUUAUCCAUAUUCGUAUACCACUGAUCUGUGGCAUCAAGCAUUGCUGUUAACGUAGAAUGAAAGUGUCUAAAACCAGAUUGCUCUUUAGAUAGAAGAUUGUUGUUGUUGAGAAAAUUGUAGGUUUGAUCAAACACGACUUUCUCAAAAACUUUUGCAAUUACUGGAAGGACUGAUAUUGGCCUAUAAUUGUUGAGAUCAAGUUUUGAGUCAUUUUUAUGAAUUGCAGAAACUCUGGCACUUUUCCAGUCAGCUGGAAUAAUUCCUUUACAAAUCACCAAAUUAAUAAUAUAGGCUAGUGAAUUGAUUGUCGUGGGGGCACUUAGUUUUAAUAACCGCACAGAGAUGUUGUCCAGUCCACUCGCCUUACAUAUUGAAAGUUAAUCAAUUAAUCUAGAAAUUUGGACUGUCGAUACUUCAUGCAAUUCGAAAACAAGGUUAUUGCGGUUAAUGUUAUUAACAGCUGAAUUCGUAUUUGUAGGGAUUUGAGCUGCUAAAUUCAGACCUAUUUCUGUGAAAUAUUCGUUGAAAGCAUUGCUUAUCGCCUCAGGAUCAGAAAUUUCGCUGCUAUUUACCACAAUUUUAGGGAUUUUAAUUGAACCUUUUGCCUUAGAUAGAAUGCUGUUGAUACCUUUCCAAGUUUCCUUGGUACGACCAACAUUAUUUGAAAAGUAUGAAUUAUAGUAUUGCUGCUUACUAUUUCUGAUCUUAUAGUUUACUGGGGUUUUUUAGUUUUGAAAUUUACCCAAUCACUUUCGUCCUUGGUAAUUGCAGCCUUACGUUUUAAAUGAUCUCUUUCCCACAUCAGUUUCUUAAUUUCAGCAGUAAGCCAUGGAGCACUGAUUUUUCGUACUCUUCUCUUUUUUAUAGGCGCAUGCUUGUCAGCAAUUUGCAAAAAGAAUUUUUUCCAAGUUUCCCAAGCCUUUAUAGGAUCAUCAUAAGAUCCCACAAAGUGCCAGGAAACUGAUUCAAUGUCACGCUUAAAAUUGCUUUCAUUAAAACCUUUAUAGUUACGGCAUUGAAUUGUUAUUGGUUUAGAUUUAACACUUGAGUGUUUUUUAACAGCAUAAAUAAGAUUAUGGUCGCUAAUACCAAUAGUAUUAACGCCUGCAGUCGUAAAGUUAUUUGGCUCAUUUGUGAGAAAGAGAUCAAUUAACGUAGAUGAGCUGCUAGUGAGUCUAGUUGGCUCUUUAAUCAGUUGAGUAUACUGAUAUAACUCAGUUAGUUCUAGUAGGUGGUGGGUAUUAUUGUCUACUACAUUGGCAGAUACGUUGCAAUUCAAGUCACCAAUUAAGUUGUUUUCAAUUCCCAGAGAUUCAAACUUGUCUAAUAGGUCUUGAAAUUUUUCAAACAGAUGAAUUGAAGAGUUUGGAGGUCUAUACCAUGUAGAGGCAAGGAACGGCUUGACUUUGGGCUUGAAAAUUUGAACACAGAGAAACUCGAGGUCUUCAUCUUAAACAUCGUUUCUAAUUGUCCAAUUGAACUCCGGAUGUACAUAGCUACUCCACCUCCUUGUCUAGAUCGGCCUCUUCUGACGAUGUCGUAUUUAUCAAUGGAAAUUUCAGAGUCGCUUAUAGUAUCAUCAAGACGAGUUUCAUUUAGUACCAAAAUACCAAAGUUCGGACCGCAGUUUUGGAGGAUUUUCUCCGAGAACUCCGGUUUUCCUCUUUUUGUUUCGUUUUAAAAAACACUGUCCAUGUUUGUGGGCAAACCAAGAUAUGACACAAGAGUUCUUUGAUAGACGAGUUUCUUUAUAGAAUAUUUGACGGCAAAAUUGUAACCCAGUUCCAUAAUAACUGUUUAAUGUAUAUUUGGCCUGUGAGUGAAAAUCCCACACUGUCCAAAAUGUUGAAAAUUAUGAGCGAAAUAUUUUUGCUUCUCCAUCAAGAUUCUCAGCUUAAUUACCCUUGCAAUAAAUAUAGCUUUGAGAUUGCAAAUUUCGCAUAAGUCGCAUGUGAAAAGAAUGAAAAGAUUUCCUUUACAAGGAAUGUUAGGAAUGCCUUUAAUACUUCGGUUUCCUUCUGUAAUAAAACUGAAAGAAUAAACAAAUUUAGGUCUGAAAUAUUUUAUCUAAAGAAUGAAAGUUGGUGUACAUGGCUCUGGGUACGAGAUUGGCUUGGUCCUGACUGGACACGAGCGCCGCAUAAGCGCAAGCUUAACAACAGCGCUUCGCUUUGAUGUGCUUAUGUUUACUGUAACAUAAACAACGCAAGAGGCCGUCCUCACUUCCGUGGCGUAACGUUAUAUCAGGGGGGCCCCGGUUCAAAAUUUCCGAAGCCCCCCCCCCCUAAUAGAAGUGCCAAAGUCGAGCGCCUUAGUAUAUGCACGAGUUUGCUAAGGGGUCCAGGGCAUGCUCUCUUAAAUGCCAUUUCUCGGACUUUGGGGAGAGAUUUUACUGAUGGUCAGAUAACGACAUUGUGUCAUAUCAGAGGCCCUGGCCAAUGUUUUUGCUUUACAGCCUGAGCCUGUGGGGGGGGGGGCAUUUCGCCCAUUGGAGUUGCAAGCCCCAGGGUUCGCCCGGUCCGAGCCCUUACUAGUUACGCCACUGCCUCACUUGUUGGAACAUCAACGCAAGCACAAGAAGAACACAAGUCGUUGAUAUCUUAUCUUUGUUCUUAUGAUUUGGUAUCCUCACUGGUGAAUAACCUUGGUUUAGUUAUGCUAAUUUCGCGCACAGUCUAGAAAUUCAUUUUCAGCAUGCAGAAACACGCUGAUGCUUUAGUAAUAGUGACGUAAUGCAAAAGUAUCAAAUAUUGGUUAUCGUUCCAUGUUUCGUGCACCAAUAUAGCAAACGUCAUGUAAUCGGUACUAUAGUGUACCAUAUACAUAAUUAUACACUAUUGUACAUAGCUAUACUACGGUAAACAUGUUAUAUGCACUAAACACACUAUUCACACUAUACACACUCUACAAGCAAUACUGCACCACCCACAGUAAACAUGGUAUAUGUACUAUACACACUAUACACACUAUACACACUGUACAAGCAAUACGCUACCACCCACAGUAAACAUGGUAUAUGCACUAUACACACUGUACAAGCAAUACUGCACCACAGACAGUAAACCUGGUGUAUGCACUAAACACAAUAUACACACUACGUAUAUACACUGUACAAGCAAUACUGCACCACACACAGUAAACCUGGUAUAUGCACUAAACACAAUAUACACACUAUACACACUGUACAAGCAAUACUGCACCACACACAGUAAACCUGGUAUAUGCACUAAACACAAUAUACACACUAUACACACUGUACAAGCAAUACUGCACCACACACAGUAAACCUGGUAUAUGCACUAAACACAAUAUACACACUAUAUGCACUGUACAAGCAAUACUGCACCACACACAGUAAACAUGGUAUAUGCACUAAACACGCUAUACACACUGUACAAGCAAUACUGCACAACACGCAUAUAACAUGCAUGGUAUAUGUACAGAUUUCACUCGUCAUAAAGAAACUCUGCAGCGUAAUGAGUUAAAUAGGCAUGCAUAUUAAUUGUUGAAAGCACAAGUAAAUGAAAGUUCUACAAACUCUGACAAGUUUAAUUGCAUGGUGGGGGGAGGGGGUUACUAUUAUUUGUAAGAAUAUUCUUAAAAAAUUAUCGUGUUAUCAUGACAACUACUUUAGAUACUUCAUGUUCGGUAAGGUGACUUCAUUGUCAGUAAGGUGAGGGUUUCUGCAUGCAUGUAUUUUCUAGUAUAAUAACGUUUUCAAUUUGACUGUUGAUUUUAAAAAUUAAUAUUGCAAUUUUUGAUCGUCGCGACCUCAACCGCUACAAAUUUCAACCGAUCAAAGAUCGUCGCGACGGCGCUACUAGUCUGUAAAAAGUUGAUCUUUGUUGCAGUGUAUAGUUAUUAUGUUGAACGCUAGGCAGUUUUCAAGUCAUCUUGAUGUAUAUAUAUAUAAUUUCUCACAUUUAUUUUGUAUUAGCCGUUAUAUUUUGUAGAAUAUUUAUAGCGUGUUACUAUAUUUAGAGCGUGAUGUUGUUUUUCAAGUGUCCAACUGACUCGCAUUUUUACCAGCAGUGGCAAGCAUGUACCCAUGCGCACAACAACAAAACUUGUCAAACUUGUUUUACGGGUGAGAAUUUAAUGUUUCGUCCGUGAAUCUGCAGGGCGGCUACAUGAAACGAUCGUUUGUUUGCUCGCAGUGGUUUCUCCUCAGCUCAGAAACCACUGUCAGCAGGGUAGCAUUCACCCGAAAAUAUAUUCGAAAUUAAAAUACACAAUUUAAUGCCAAUUUGUUUGAAGAUAUAAAGUCUAGUACGGAGUAAGUUCGAAGAUGCAAAAUUCAUCCGAAGAUAGAAAAUUUAUCACAAAAUUCCAAAAUUAUCCGAAAAUACACAAUUUAUUCGAGGAUGUAAAAUCCGCUAGAAAAUGGGGAAAUACAAGUCAAUAAGUUUCUAUUUAUGGAGAAAAACAAAAAAACAUAUAUUGUAACAGCAAACCAAAACUUAUUAUGCGCGCUCAGCACAGCACAUGAUGUUGACUGCUUUAUAUAGCGAAAUUUCUUGGAAAUUUCGCGUCAUUUUUGGUUCGAUUUUUGAAGUACUCUAACUUUUCGAAUUCAUCAUUUUGUGUUUUAUGGCUGAAACUUCAGUAAAUGUGUGGGGUUGGAUAGGUCAACAAUAUAUAUAAAAUCGAGGGAAAGAACUUUCAGUUUUUCAUAUCUGCCACACGUUUUGUGAUUCUUACAGCAAAGCUUUCUUAAAAGUGCUUCUAAAGUUUAUUAAUAGUUAUGUAACUAACCUUUAAGGUAAAAUUCAACCACAAUUAAACUUCGCAAAACGUCAAAGCGUUCCUUUAAUACUAAUGUAAAACUAAAGUACUGCCUUUUUUCAAUAAACUUUGAGUUUGAGAUAAAAUGAUUUCAAAUUCUCGCAUUCAAAUAACUUUGCUUUCUUUUUGAUUUUCAAAAUUUAUUAUAAUAAAAAAACAGGAUAAUCAAUAAAGAUACUGACAGUCUGACACUGAAAUUAUAUGCUGUCUUAUUUCAUUAUACGCAACGAUUGGUUUUAAAGCAAUUAUAAAGCAAACAAUACAUUAAUAUUUAAAACAAACUUACCUUCGUUAACGUCGGCGUUAACAAUCAUGUUGGCUACUCAAGACAGUCGCUAUAUUAUAAGAUCAGUGAGGAUGACACCCACCGAAACACCGACAGUAACCCACGCCCGCGAUCAUUGAUGAACUUUAGACUUCGCUAAUGCUUUCCUUUCUCCGGGGAUAAAUAGCCGGGCGGAUUAAGUACCCUCACAGCGGCGCCCGGGGAAUACAGUGAAUUGUCUGUAAAACAAGAGAUUUUCAUGCUGACGUACAGUAAAAAUCACAUACUCGUGCACUGCUGACUAGCAAUCUUGUUUCCUACACCAGCUUAAUGCAAAAACCUGAGCGUCAUGCAAAUACGUUUUCUUAUGCAUAAGCGGUAUUCCUGAAUUCAUAUCCCGUCUUCGUUCUUCUGCCUUCAUUCACGACGAAUAUUUUGGCAAAACUCGUUGUGGACUCUGUUCCAAACGAAGGCAGAAGGAAAAGACGGGAUAUAGUUCCAUGUCUCGCUGGUUUUUUUCUUGGUGAGGGCAAGAAUUAUGGUCAGUAUUCAUAAAGGGCGACACAUGGGAAGACACAUAGAGCAACCAGCAGUGACGUCCAACUCAGUAUACGCAAGAUAAUGUGCAGACGGCAAAAAUCGUCACGUAGGCGCUUCGUCUUCGCACUUCGUUGCCUUGCUAAAACUCUCUAUUAAGGAGUUUACGGAUGUAAGUUAUAGAUGUGCGCAAUGCAAAACUGCGGAAUUACCUUAAGACGGCGACGUCAGGAGAACGGCUAAACAAACUGUUUUAACUAAAUAAUUGUAUCGAAACAUUGUUUCGAAAGAGUAAAAUAGAGCUUUAACCUUCAGGGUAGUUUAGAUCAACUGUGCCAAAAAAAUCUACCUAUCACGACAUGAAAUGCUAGCAUACUAAACGGGACGUGAAAACAUGCAUUUUGCUAUUGUCCAAAGCUUAAUUGAACGACGUCUAAAACCCCAACCAGACUUUUAAUUAUUCAUUUCUUUUGUGCUAUAGGAGCAAUAUUCCUUGCAAAAAUGUUUUAGCCACGGUGUCAAAACUGGCCGUCCAACCGUGGGUGUGGCAACACAUUUUCGUGGACGCGGUCAAAAGCAGCCAACUUGAUACCAAUGGACCUUUCACCUUUUGACGAAAAUUUAGAUUUCAACAAGUCUAGACAAAAAAUUAUCAUAGCUUGAAAGAGCAUCACAAAAUUAGUAAUAUUCCAAAGUUUCGUUGCAAAAUGUUGUAAAAUGCGGAAAACAUAGCUUUGCGAAGUUUGUAAUUUUCAGUCAUUUUGUAUUACAAACUGGAAAUACAUACUCCUGAGUAUGUAUUUCCCGUUUGUAAUCUAAAAUGACUGAAAAACGGCAAACUUCGCAGGGCUAUAUUUUCCGCAUUUUACAACAUUUCGCAACGAAACUUUGGAAUAUUACUAAUUUUGUGAUGCUCUUUCAAGCUGUGAUAAAAUUUUUGUCUAGACUUGUUGAGAUCUAAAUUUUAGUCAAAGGUCCGUGAAUUGUCAUAUAUUCAUCAUUCUGGUGCCUUUGGACCACGUAUGCAACAUGCAGCUCUCAACGUUUAAUUUAUUCAAGAAAUAUUACAAAGCUUGCGAGUUGUUGAUAAAAAAUAUUUUCUUAGGCCGUCUAUGGCCGUCUUUUCGGAAUAUAUACCUUACCGUUCAUUCACUUUUCACUCAAUGGUCUCGUUUUCGUGUCAAAUACUUACUCAUGUUUUGUGCUUAGUAGGGUUGAAAAUUACUUUGUUAUUGAGCCAAUAAAAUCAGCAAGAAACAAAUUGGUCCAAAAAAACAUGGGAAUAAUAUAAUCUAUAACUGCCCCUGACAUGCUUUUAAUAAGUUAACAUGGAAACGAGGCCAUUGGGUAAAAGAGAAUAAUCAGUAAGGUCUAUUGGCCAUCUAAAUUCAAAAAUAGUCAUCCAUUGGAAGGUUGGACCCCCGCUUGGCUAAAUGCCUGGGGCCGGUUGUAUAAAAAAGUGAUUAAAGUUAACGAUAGUUAAAUGGAAACGUCAUCCAAUAAGAAGCACUAGCUAAUAUUAUUCUGUAAUAUGAUUUGGGUUUUUUUCUUUACCAUUUGUUUUGAAAUUUUGUCGCUGAGAAAGAAACAAUCCAGUUAUACUGAUAUAGAUUUCAGAAAACCAGCAACAUGAACUCGUAAACAACAGAAAACCUUAUAUAGUGUCUAAUUGCAGCAAUUGGAUGACUAUAUAUAGAUUAAUUUGUGUAGACAAAAAAUAGAAGUAAGGAAAAUAUGGACAAAUAGGACAAUUUCAAAUUAGUGUUGAUAUUUAUUCAAAAUUUACAAGCAUCGAUCAUUGUCAAAUAUAAUUUAUAGUAAAUAUAAUUAUUUUCAUAUUCCAACCAGUUUAUUUAAAUUAAAAACAAAAUUCAAAAGCUAUAAAUAAUUGAGACUAAUUAAUAACAUUUUGAAAAAUCAAACUAUUUACAACAUAGUCAUUAAUAUAUAAUAUUGUAGAAAGACAUUAUAUAAUAGCAAUCGGUUUAGAAAUCUUAAAACUAUGAUGCUAGUCAUUUCACUCUAGUUUUCGUAUUUCGAUGUCUUCCUAAUUCGUUAAUGAGAUAAUAUGUAUGUUUGAUAUUUAAAUGGAUUGAUCGAAUUUAUGAUGUUGUUUCUAUAAUUCUGAAAACCCGAAAAAUCCUGAAGGAAUCGACUCAAUUCGACAUUUUUAAAACGUUUUUACCUUGGAAGUUUGCUUUUUUUGGUGAAAAAGAAUUCAGAUGAAAAUGUUGUUGUGUACACUUAGGUUAGAGGCAUAAUCAGGUCAUUUGGAAACAGAAAAUCAUAAAUUGCAAUAUUUUGCGUUACCUUAUGAAGAUACAUAUCAAACCAACUAUAAUACCUCAAAAACGGCACCAAAACAUUACAAAUAAUUGGUUGCAUGGGUAAUUUCCUGAUUAACAAUUGGCUUCUUUUUAAUAAAUGAGCGUUAUGUUAUCGUGGUGAUUUCCGUAAGAUGAACGAUUUUUAUACAUGGAAAUUCCGAGUGCAAAUUAUAUACAUUUUUAGGCCUUACCAGGAGCAGCUGCGAAAAAUGCAACCUGCAUGUAGGCCCUGAGGCAGUAAUCCUUAAAGUCUUCCUAUAUGAAAACGGACCCAUAUUCAUUGUGCUGGCUGCUCCUAUUUGAAUAAGGGCAGCCAGAACAUGCAGUCACGUGACCGUGUUCGAUUCGAUUCAUUUAGUCUUCCGAAAAUCCGGAGUAUACUCCAAACAGCAAAUGCAUGGAACAGCCUGAAUCUAAUGAUGUAACCAGGUUCGUCCAAGGAUAGAGUCGGUUUUUCAUUGGCAUUGCAGUGUUAAAAUUAGUAUAAAAUCUGUUAUAGAUAUAUGGACAAAUAAUUUCAACUCAGAAAUUACAAAAAGUAUACACCGAUGUGCAAGUGCUCGUUAGUCUUUUCAGUAAUGCAUUAAAUUUUGCGUUAUGUUUUGUGAUAUAUAAUAUAUGCAUUCCGAUUUAGCUUGAUUAUUAUUAAUUCGGGCAUUAUAUGUGUGGUUCUUUGCGCCAUUUAAAGAUGAUGUCCACUCCGUUCUGUGCAUCAGUUCCGCUCAUAACAAAGGGGAACCCCCAGAUAUAAAUACUGCCCAAAUUUUGCAUCUUUCGAACUUUUUUGAAUUGUAACGUACAGUUUAUAUUCAUUUACAAGCAUAGCGAACCAGAAAAGUGUUAGAUAUUCAGUUAGUAUAUCAUAUUUUACAAAUAUAGCAGUUCAAAACGUAAACAAAGUUCGCGCAUGUGCACAGGAGUGGACAUCAUCUUCAAGUUACCAUGCUCAAAAUAUCGAAAUUGUCGUGGGUUUUUUGGCGUCAUUGCCAGAAACAUCACAAUACUACACCAAUUAUAAAAAUGAGCUUGUCACUGGGGCUUGGCCAUGGAACGGCGUCUCUGAACGAAACACUUUGCGUCGGUUCACUUUUAAUGAAUGUUAGUAAGAUCCGGCGUUGGGCUGGUUUUUGUGGGCGCCAAAAGCCAGAUAAUGUUCUAUUAUAUACCAGGCAGUGUAACGGACAGUUUUGUUUUCAGGAUGGAAGUGUUUAACAAAUCGAUAACAUUUUACAGUUGCUGUUUAGUUAUAGGUACACAUGUUAUAUCUAUUUGCAAUGUCAAAAUAUUUGCAAUUGUAUAUAUUAAAAAAGUUGAAAACUUAACCCGAAUCCUUUUCUCGUUAAAUUUCAGUGAAAAAUAAAAAACAACCAGUAAAAAUAUCAAUAUAUCAUAACUUGUUCAUGCCUUGAUUUUUUAAUGUUUUAAAUACAGCCAAUUCAAAAAAGGGUUCUCCUUCGCAAACCUUAAACCUUAAACUUUAAGCGCGAAAAGCUUCUUAGGAGCACAAUUUCCAAGCUUAGUAGUUCAAUAUGGCAGCUAUUUGCGAAUGAUUGUUCUUGUGAGGAGAUAUUUACCAUGUCUCUAAGAAAUGGGCUCUCUAUAUGAUUUUGAAACUGAUUAAAUGAUGCACCCUUUAUGCUUUGCACGCUUAGAGUUUAAGGUUUAGAGUUUAUAAGGUUUGCAAAGGACAACCUUUUUUGAAUUAGCUGUAUAAUGAUCUGCCUUUUCAGAUAUACAGGGGCGGCGCUACAGGGGGGGUGUGGGGGGUGGAACACCCCCCCACUCGUCAGGUAAUCGGCAAAUUGUUGUCUCAGUCGGCAAAAGUGGAUUGGGCAGUCGGAAAAUAUUCGAUCAACAGUCGGGCGAUUUUGGUUUGCAAUAAAAAAAAAUCGGACAAAUUAUGUCAAUUUUGUCUAAAAUUAAGUGAAUUUUUUGGAAAAUUUUGUGGGUGGGGAGGUCGCCAAAAUAAUUUUUCCGGAACAAAUUUUUUGACUCGGCAAAAUUACCAAACAACAGUCGGCAAAAGAUCACUCACACACCCCCACUCGAAGAGGGUUAGCGCCGCCCCUGCAGAUAUAUGAAGACAACAUUCAUAAUAAAUCUUGACAACAUAAUAUCAUCGCUUUGACAAAAUUGAUAAAUAGCGUUCCAAGCCGACCAGUAAAAAGCCACAGUAAUUACAUAUCACAAACCACGAGAACUUACGCAACGGCUUCAUAAUUGGGCAGCGCAAUUGAUACGGAUGAAAGAUUCUGUACUGAAAAUUACUGUGGUAAAUCCACUAACAUGUAUAAUACUUGUAAAGCAAACGUAUACGUAUAACUGUAUGCAUUUAAUGCAAAUUGGCAUUGUGAUCCAUGUGGAUGUAGAAUUCAUAGUUGUGCUAUAAAAUAUACUAAAUCUCGGAAACGGAGAAAUUAUAAGAUUAAAUAAACUAAAUCAACAUGCAUGUUCAUUAUACCUAAAUUUUUCAAAUCAACAUGCCAGGAAACUUUAAAUUAUCAUAUAAAUUUCCAGACUGAGUGAGUGAGGACUCGCAAAUUUGGAAGUAUAAAAUCGUUUAGAGUUUAUAGUGAAGGUUUAGUUUCAAAACUAAGUAACUACAAGUAACGUGUACGUGAUUUUGCCCGCCAAAAGUAAAGCGAAUGAUCUGCUGAGCUUAGCAGAUUGUAUACUCUUUGACGUAACGUUGUUCUGUUCUAAAAAUUCCAUUCAUAUAAGUAUAUAUUUUUUUUAAAAACAAAGCGUUUCUAUACAAACGCAAUUUUCUGUAUACUCUCGCUUUUAAAAACUCAUUCAAUUGGUACAAAAUCAGCAACAAACCAAUAAAUUCCUAAAACAAAUUAACUCGUUAGCCGACUUAGUUAUCUCGGUUGAGUAAACGAGCAUGUCGACUACAACUUGCCAAAGUCAGCGGCAGAAAGUUGGCUAUACGUUUGGCGAGGGAAAUGUUGUUGUCGUACUCGUAGUCAGAACUAAACCUCCCUGAUAUUAAGGUGCAGCACACAAGCUUGCAUGCAAACAGGCGAUAAGCGGAAAAAGAGUUGAAGUUCUGAUUUUCUUUUAGGGCCUGUUCAUACAUUUGUGAGCCCACGUUUUGCCGGGAAGCUCACCUGAGUGGGAUAAUUUAUUUCUUUGUUCAUGCAUGUGAUAAUUUUUUUAUCACAUGAAAAUUAUGUGGUAAUUUAUUUCUGUGCCACGAAAUUACAGUAGUGUUCACAUGAUAAUUUAUUUACCACAUGAUAAUUUCUGUGAUAAUAUAUUUCUGUGGCACGACAUUACUGUAUACAUGGCGAAAUAUUUUUGUUGUAAUUAAACAAACUGCAUCGUAUUAUGACUUUAAUAGUGUCUGUUACGGUUUAAUUAAUGGUAUUUUUUCUGUUUGUUUGUAUUUUCCAACUAUGCCAUUUUGAUACUAUAUUGUAUGCCACAAUCGGAAAAAUUGUCCAUCCUUGUCAGGUGGGAUAAAGCUUUCAUAUGGACAAAUUAUGCAAGGCAAGAUCUUUCCUAUAACCGGGCUGGCUCGUUUCUCAUAUGAAUACAACUUGAAUUUUAUAUGCGUUAACAAAGGGCAUGCAGAUCUCACUGAGGUGAGGUUCUUGGUUAGCUAAGCUCGUAUGAACAGGCCCAUACUCUCUCUAAACCUGGACCAAUUUUACGUUUGGGCAAAAUUGCACGCAUGGAAGAUUCUCAAACUAUAAUGUGCUCCACCAAAAAUAGAAUUUUCAUAAGUAAUUCAAAAACGAAUGCCUGUGUGACGCGCGUAAUUUUUUCCAGAAAUUAAAAACCCCAAUAGAAUAUUAAUAAUUAUUGACAAAAUAUGCCUAUAUGAUUGCCUUAAUGAUUUUUUUCCAUAAUUACUGCCAGCAGUUAUAGUGUAACCAUACUGCAAUACGACAGAAAAUAUAAGAUUUAGAAAUUUUCUUUACUUAUAUUAAUAUACCAUAUUAAACUUAAUAUUUCUAGUAUAGGUAAUCAUGCGAUGGCGAGUACAAUUCGGGAUUAACAGUACGAGUGAUGUUUGGAAAUUUUGCCAAAAUUGGACGAGCCGCCGGGGCGAGUCCAAUUUGGUAAAUUUCCAAACAUCACGAGUACUAUUAAUCCUUAAUUGUACGAGCAACAUCGCAUGAUUACUUGUUUAUUAUUAGCAUGACAAAAUUGGAUACGUACUUCUCAAUGUCAACAUCAUAUUCUCUUGCCAAAGCCCAGUCCUGCCAGACUUUCAACCAAAAUUUGGUGCUUUUGUUUGUAUUUUUAUUUAGUUCUUUUGUUAAAGCAAAAUUUGGGGCUUUUGUUCGUAUUUUCAUUUAGUUCCUCCACAGCAAUUUCAUUUCACGCUUGUGUUUAAAAUACGUUUCCGCCAUUUUGUUUGUUUUGAGAAAAUUAUUAAUUGUACUGCAGUACAAUUAAUGAAAUAAUUGUACUCCUCUCAACCAAUCAGCAUCCAGUAAUUUUGCCAUGCUAAUAAUAAACUGUGAAACACUCUUACCAUGCACUAAACCAUCGUUUCAACACUUUGCAACUCUACAUUUUCUUCCAAAAAUGUACAGGCAUCAUCCCUCCCGAUCUUUCUCAAUGCCUCGUACAGUCUGUCCAGAGUUGCAUCGUUUGAUGUUCCCCAGUAAUGCAACAUUUCUUUCGUUGCUGUCUCAAUGUUCAUUGAAAAAUUUUGAAUUUGUUGGUAGGGUACACCAAUUUCAGCUGCCACUUCUCUCCAGUUAUUUGGCGGAACCAUAGAGUUUAACAAUAAAUGAAGACCCAGUAUAAUUUCGCCAGGUUGCUCGCGUAAAAAUAAACCUUGAAAUGACAGAAAGAUUGUGAAAAUUAAAUUCAUUGCCAAAUAAUAAUAAAUAGGGACUUGCUGUGCGGCUUCAUAGAUAAAACAAUUUUGACAAUUACGACCCCACCACGUAUAUUUGGUGAAUUAUAUAUACUUGAUUUAGUGUACCAGGAAUGACACCUUACAUCGAGUAGACUGUCAUUAGCCUGAGUAAAAGGCCAUAUAGCGACAGGAUUAAGGUUCUAUCAGGUUACAUUUGCAGAAUGGAACAAGGCUAGAGACUAGAGUGCGAUCAAUCCUAUAUGAUUCGUUCAAAUAUUUGAUAGGAUAGACUAGACGUCUUCAUCUACUGUACCUAAUGCAAGUUAGAAAUGCAUGCUUGUUCAAACUUUCAAAUUUAGAAUGGAUCGAAUUCCAA